CCUCCCCUCCCCCCCGCCCUUGCCCCCCGCCUGUGCUGCCACCAGCGCCAGCCCCGGCAUCGAGGCCCGGCUGACCCAGAGGGCACUGGAAUUCGGCCGUCAGUUUGGGCUGGAGCUGCUCCAGUGGCUGCUGAAGAAGGAACAUGAGUUGAACCUGAGGGGCUCCUACCACAGCCCCCUCCUGGGGACCUUCACCUACACCGUGCCCUGGAUCCACAUCCAUGAGCUGCAGAUGAACGACUCCACCGUGACCUUUGCCGAGGACGUGGGGGUGACGCUGCGGGUGCAACGAGCCCGUGUCCAGCUCCGCGCCGACUGGGGAGCACAGCUGGGGGCCAUCCAGGACAGCGGCGUGGGGGCCGGGGGCCGCCCCACCGUGUGGGGCGCCGGCUGCAACGCCCACAGCACCCACCUGCACCUGGAGUUCCACCGUGGGCACAGCUGGCUCUACAACCUGCUGGCACCGCUGCUCCAGAGAGCCCUGCGGCAGGAUCUGAACAAGCAGAUCUGCCUUGAGCUCCACAAGGGCAUCAACAGGCUGGAGGCUGCCCUGCAGCACGUGAAAGUGUCCACCCAGCUGGAUGCCUUUGCAGCCAUUGACUGGUCCCUGCUGGGGCCACCGGCCAUCACAGCAGAGCACGGGGACAUUGCCCUCAAGGGUGAGUUCUUCAGGGUGGGCAAGAGCCAGCAGAGCCCCUCCUUGCUGCUGCCUGUGGCACUGCCCACAGCUCUGCCCACAGACCUGCCCAUGGCACACAAGCCCAUGCUGCUCUUGGCUGUCACCGAGGUCGUCACCAACUCAGCUGCCUUCACGUACUUCAUGGCUGGGGCCCUGCGCAGGAACAUCUCUAGUGACAUGCUCCCACAGAGGUUCCCACUCCAGCUGAGGACCAAGAGCAUGGGGGUCUUUGCCCCAAAGCUGCAGGAGCUCUACCCAAACCAGCCCAUGGAGCUGCACCUCUGGGCCCGCCAGCAGCCCCUGCUGUCCUGCCAACCCCACGCCCUGCACGGGACCCUCUUCGGCUCUGUCGAGGCCUUCGUGGUGCUGCCCAACGCCACCCGUGUCCCCACCUUCCUGCUGGACAUCGAUGCCAAUGUGACGGGGAAGCCAACCAUCACCAGGAACAGGCUCGGAGGUACCAUGAAGCUGACAGGGCUCAGUGUGACACAGGUGACAUCACACGUGGGCCCAGUGGAGGUGAAGAGGCUGGAGACAGCACUGAAGUUCGGGCUGUGGCUUUUCGGGGUGCCCUGAGGAUGA